AUGGACCCUCCUAGUACUGCUGCACAUCAGCUCGGUUCUCGGCGCGAUAGCUUUGCGUCACAGGACUCUCAGACUGCCAAAGAAUUCAUCGACGAUCAGACCCGUCUGGAGGCUGAUGCCCGUGAGAUUCUGCCAUAUUCGUUCGAUUCCUGUACCCAUGAUCUCGGUCCGCUGCGUCAGAGCCUCUUCUCAUGUCUGACUUGCAACCCUCCUCCUGCCAACGCCGAUGAUCCAUACUCUGCUGCCGCGGUCUGCUACUCUUGCUCCAUUGUCUGCCAUGGCGAACACACCCUAGUUGAGCUUUUCCAAAAGCGCAACUUUGUCUGUGAUUGUGGAACUUCUCGUCUGCCUUCCACCUCCCCAUGCAGUCUGCGCGUCGACCCCAAAACUGGUCGCAAAGGCGUCCACUCCCAGGAAGCAGCAUCUACCAACACAUACAACGAUAACUUUCGCAACAAGUUUUGUGGCUGUGGCGAAUCGUAUGAUCCAAACUCGGAGAAAGGAACUAUGUUUCAAUGCUUGGGUCUUGGUUCUGUCGCGACUGGCGGCUGUGGGGAAGACUGGUGGCACCCAGAAUGUCUUAUCGGCAUUUCAAAAGACUGGUACGAGGAGAGUCUGAAGAAACCGAGUCUUGUUGAUGAAGCUGUCGAGGAAUUGGACGAGGAUCCGCCUAUGCCCCCUGGUUUCCCCGAACAGGAUGAUUGGGCAGUCCUUAUCUGCUACAAAUGUGUCGAAUCUAACCCGAACACCUGGAUUUUUUCCCCCGUUUAUCAGAAUGGUGGCAUGAAAGAGGAGUUACCUUGCGAAACUCAAACGCACACACGAGCCCCUGAGAGCUCAAAGGAAGAGACAGAUAACCCGAAGAAACGCAAAGCAGAAGACAAAGAAUCUGACCAGGAAGAGGCCCCCACAAAGCGUACCAAGGAAGCAUGCGAGGCAUCGACCCUUGCCACCAUCGAGGAAGAGCCCAAGAAGUCGAUCCUUGCCACCAUUGCAGAACAGUCAUCCACAACUGCCACCUCAGAGAUGGUCAGCUCAGAGCCGGUCGCCUCAGAAAAGGUCACCGAAGAUAAGGUCGCUUCAGAGAAUCAAGCAACUCCCGAAAACACCGAACCAAAACACGCCUCUCUCCCCAGCAAAGGCCCAACCGAAUCAUUCUCCCUCUUCUUAAAAGAGAACUUCUAUGACAAACUCUGCCACUGCACAGAAUGCUUCCCCAACCUCCUUUCUCACCCACAGCUGCGCGAAGAAGAAGACACUUACGAGCCCCCUCUCUCCGAAAACGGCGACGCAAGCAUCUCAGGUACAGGUAGUCUCCUCGAACGCGGCGAGGCAGCACUCAGCACUGUCGAUCGAGUCCGCGCCAUUGAAGGCGCUAUGGUUUACACCCAUCUCCGAGAUAAGGUGAAGACGUUCUUGAAGCCUUAUGCCGAGAGUGGGCAGGCUGUUAGCGCUGAGGACGUUAAGGCUUAUUUUGAGAAGUUGCGCGGUGAUGAGCAAGGGAUUCGAGAUGCUGCCGGUCAGGCUGGGACUGGUGGUGAUGUUCGACGUGAACAGAGUGGUUAG